AUGUAGUUUUUGGAGGCAGACCCGUCUGUUGGUCGUGGCGGACAGGAUAACAGCUUCACACCUCAGCUGGAAGAAUAGUCUGAGGUCAUGUUUCUCCACAAUGAACCCGGUCCGAAAACGCCUCAAACUAAGCCCAUCCAAACCUCAACAUGGACUCAGCAGCACCAACAAUGCUCAGAAAGUUACGUCUCCAAAGUUCAUCUCCCAUGAUGCUUUGUUGCCGUCGCCUGCAGCCCCGGCAGAACCCAGAGAUGAGCAGGAGGAGGAGGAGAGUUACCUGUUUGUGGAGGAAGACACCACCCAUUCUAGCCUUAUCAUCACCAUGGAAGACAGUCCGAUGGAGGGGAAGGCAACCAGGAGGAAAGUGGUGAGGAAGAAGAAGAAGACUCUGAAUGAGGAAGAGGACGUUAAGAGGGGCAGGACGUCAGAGACGGAGGAAGAGGACGAUGCAGCAGUGGAAGUAGAGAUUGACAGACAGCUAGACCAGUCACUGGAGACCAAGUCCAAACAACACAACCUGACCACUGUGAAUGUCAGAAACAUCCUCCAUGAAGUGAUCACCAAUGAACACGUGGUUGCCAUGAUGAAAGCUGCCAUUAACGAGACCGAGGCUGUCCCUCCGUUUGAGCCUAAAAUGACUCGAUCAAAGUUUAAAGAAGUGGUGGAAAAGGGAGUGGUGAUUCCCACUUGGAAUAUCUCCCCGAUCAAGAAAAGCAGCGAUGCAAACAAGGCUCCUCAGUUUGUGGACAUCCCUCUGUAUGAGGAAGACUCCUCUGAUGAAGAAUACUGUCCUGAUGAAGAGGAGGAGGACGAAACUGCAGAAGAUACAUUUCAUGAGAGUGACAUGGAGAGCACGGCUUCGUCCCCCAGAGGGAGUCGACUGAACAGGGUGGAGGAAGACAGCUGCAGCCCCUGGCAGGCGUCCCGAGGACGUCGCAGACGUUCCAAGGUGGGGACCAUGGGACCUCCCCCUCCCCCCAAAGCAUUGCCCCCCAAAACCGUGACGGACAGCGCCUUCCUGGAGAAGCUCCACGCUGUUGAAGAAGAGCUGGCUGUUUGUAUGGAGCCGUAUCAGCCUCUGUCUGAGUCGGAGGAUGAGGCCGGUGUGAUGGCGUGCCGAACUCGAUCCAAACGUCCUCUCCGAGACGUCCCGCUGGGUCAGCUGGAGGCCGAGCUCCAAGCUCCGGACAUCACUCCAGACAUGUACGACUCCAGCUCCACUCACGAGGACAGGGAGUGGACGGACUGGCUGAGAGGCCUGAUGAACACAGAUGUGGAUAACGAAGAGGAGUGUGAUGAUGAAGACGAUCCAGAGUAUAACUUCCUGGCUGACGUCGAUGAACCCGACGUGGAGGAUUACCGUGACGACAAGGCUGUCCGCAUCACCAAGAAGGAGGUGAAUGAGCUGAUGGAGGAGCUGUUUGAAACGCUGAAAGAGGAUCUGGCAGGACAUGAAUUAGAUGAUGAAGGCCAUGAGGAAGAGGAGGAACCACAGGAGGAAACACAAACCACUCAGUCGCCCGAGGAGAGCCACAUAGGACCACCGGACAACGAGGAAGACUACGGGCCGACCACAGAACUACGUACGGUGAAGCAGCAGCUGGCUUUGAUCAGGAAGAGACGGCAAACAAAUUCACAGUAUAACACAAACACGCAGUGUCAGGAACCAUACACACUAAAGCUGAACGCUCAGGAGAAGAGACGACUGCAGCAGCAGAUGCAGCAGCAUGUCCAGUUACUGACUCAGAUUCACCUGUUGACUUCACCUGUCCCCAAACUGCACAGUGAAGCCGAGACCACCAGACAGUUCCUGUUUGAGCUGGAUAUGUUGGCUCAGAGGGGUGAGCUGAUACGGGCCGCAGGUUAUCCUGGUUUCUGCAGCGUCUUCAGAGCCUCCAACCUCCAGGUGGCGCUGGAGCUGCUGGAGGAGUUGAGAGAAACCCCCAUCACCUACCAGCCGCAGCACCACCCUCCUGACGCCAGAGGACACAUGCGCUGUUACCCUGUCAUGCCAGCUGAACUGGCCUGGCUCUUUGCCACCCGUCCAGUGUUUCUUUACCCGGAGCUCCUGCCCUGUGCGAGCCUCGACCCCGCUCUCUACUGCCCCCGCAGGACAGCCGCUUUUACUGCAGCGGAGGACUGCCUGCUGGUACUCGGCCUCAGAAACAUGGGCGGGGCGAGUGACCCGCCGAAGCUCGUAUCUCAGUUCCUUCUGAGGAAAACUCUGAUGCAGGUCCGACGAAGGAUCCUGCAGUGCUGCAGACCGGGUUUUCCUGACAACAUUGUCAAGGCCUUCAGGUAUCAGCAGGUGCUGUGGCCGAUGCCGGUCGCCUGCCGCCAUCUCAGUCCAGCAGAGCGACGCCCCCCUGUGGAGAGAGAGGAAAGCGUCAUGCCUAUGUGGCUUGUGCGGAGCCUCCCUGUGGUUUAUCCAACCGUUAAACACUUCAACAACCCGUCUGGACCGGCCCCGGAGGCCCCGGCCUCCUGCAGGAGGGACAAACCCCGUCAGAGUCACCUGGCUUUCCUGCACUCCGCCUACACCUUCCCUCCGGGGACUAGAUACCCCCCUCGCCUGCCCAACAACCUGGACUUCAAACGCAUUGGGUUUGUCUCACUGCAGCAAGCCCUGCCCCCUCCUCCCCGCCACUCCUCCACCUGCCCUCUCUCUGACCGUCCAGUUAACGGCUGCUCCACCUCUCCUCCUCCACCAUCACUCAGUCCUCCUCGAGUUCUCCUCCAACGCCUCCUCCUGACCAGGAUCAACGCCCCUGCUGCUAAAACUAUCACCAACUCCACCGUCUCCACGUCAACCAUAGAGCAAAUCAAAAGCCACAAACGGACGUUGGCCGGCUUGAGGAGGAGGAAGUUCCCUAGUUCACCCCCGGCUUCAGAGCAACCCAGCCAUGCAAGAGAAAAGAUGAGGAGUGAUGAAGCCAACACGGCUCCUCUGGAAGUCACCGCCUCGUUUUUAGACGACACGGCCAAAAACGAAGAGGAAGAAGGGGUAGAGGAGGAGAGUGACGUGCUCCUGGCUUUGUCUGAGUCGUCGUCCAGUGAUACGGAGAGUGUCUCUCGUGACGAAGAUCUGGCCGACCCAAAAGAGCCAGAGUCAGAAAGGGAACAAGGAGUGCAAGCAGUAGAAGAAGAUGAUGAUAACGAUCGUGGAGUGACGUCUUCAGAUGAGUCCAGAUCAUCCGUCAUCCACCUUAAGGAGAAGCUUUCAUCAGAAGAAACUGGAGAUGAUGAUGAAGAAGACGGUCUGAAUGAAUCAGAAGACUUGCUGUUUGCCCAAGAUUAUCUCCACAGAGUGUGUGAAGCGGUGCAGGUUUCUCCAGGCGUGUCCGAGGAGCUGCUGCAGAUGUUGGAUGAGUUUUCAGCAGCCAGUUCUCCAGGGACUCCAGCAGCUCUAAAGAUCCUGUAUGAGCGACUGAGCCGUGUGCUGCAGCCGUGGCCUCAACUACUCAAAGACUUUGCUGCCUUCCUGAACCGCAGACAGGCCCGCAGAUGUGGACUGCUGUUGGAGCAGCAGCUGUUUGAACAAAGUAGGAGAUUUCUGUGGCGACUGGGACAGAACCUGGGAGAAAGCUCCUCCCUCUACCAGGAAGUGGUUUCAAUGCUGCAGGGAAGCCCCGCCCCUUCAUCUGAGAACAUGGAAAAGGUUCUGUCUCUGCUCAGAGAGCACCCAGACCUCCAGGGAGAGAUCCAAGUCCUCUUCCGGAGAAUUCACAGCUGCACAUCACCGGUCAGAACCAGCUUCACAACCACUACUGUGGACUCUUCCCAGAAUGUUCCUGACGAGGACGUGAAGAGAGUCCACUCUGACAAUGAUGAGGAGGCGCAACAAGCAUUUUGUGCCAAAAACAUCACAAUGUCUUCUACUGGAGAGAAGGUCAUCAUAUGGACCCGUGAGGCGGACCGCACCAUCCUGACGGCCUGUCAGCAGAGGGGAGCCAAUAGAAAAACAUUCAGACAAGUGUCCACCCAGCUGGGGAACAAGACUGUCCAACAGGUACGUCUCCGUUUCCAGGACUUGAUGAAGCUUUUCCACUCUGCAUCCCAGAAGACCAGUUCCUCUUCCUCCGAGGGCCAUGAGAGCAGUCAGGGAGCGGCUCCUGACUGAACAAAGAACCAGUCACAGAGAAAUGUGCAACUGACCAGCUGCAAGGUCUGAGCAGAAACUGAUCUCAGAUCUGCUGCGGUGACAUUUUAGUUGCAGGUUAGUUUGAAUCCAGCAAUGGCGACAGGGUUAAGUUCAGCAAAGGGUCCUCGAUAGAUGGAUCAAACCUUUCUGGAUCUGUGGAUUAGUUCAGGACCCUUAAUUCAAGGUUUUAUCAGUUAGAUCGA